GAUAAGCGGCCAGCCGCGGCGGCAGCCGGGGAGAGAGGCGGAGGCAGUGCCGCCAUGGCCCGCUGCCAGACGCUGCCGCUGCUCCUCGCACUGGCCGCCUGCUUCUGCUUCCUGCCGGGCGGAGCGGCGCUGCGGUGCUACCACUGCUACUCCAGCGAGGUCUCCGCGUGUGGCGACCCGUUCGUUCCCGGCAGCUUUCCUCUCGUCGACUGUUCGCACCCUCAACAGAUGUGCGCCAAGAUUACCUACUACGCAGAGUCGCGGGACUGGGUGGAGAGACGGUGUGCCUUCAUGGGGGGCUCUGGGGCGUGGCGCAGUGGCCACGUGUACACGUGUGGCGAAGACGGCUGCAACGUGGCGGGCCGCGCCUCUGGGCAGGCUCUGCUGCUGCUGUUGCUUCUGCUGAUGGCGGCAGUCACUGCCUGGUGACCGCAUCAACGAUGCUGCACAGACCACAUCAACGAUGCUGCACAGACCACAUCAACGAUGCUGCACAGACCACAUCAACGAUGCUGCACAGACCACAUCAACGAUGCUGCACUGACCUCAUCAAUGAUGCUGCACAGACCAAUUCUGUCUCCAGCUGGCAGCAGCCACUUUAUGUUCUAGAUGUGGUGAUGAACACAACUGAGAAAUAAUGGCAUCGAAGAAUGAACUAGUCUUCUCUCCUGAUGGAUCUGGGAUAUCAUGCACUACAUGUGUGAAAAGUGCGUCACAGUUUAACAGUGAUCAUUACCAUUAUACAUUUUUGUUACAUUUGUUUUAUUUUUAAUACACUAUGUACUGAACAAAACAGAAAUAUAGUAUUUCGUGUUUGUAAACAUA